AUGGGCUCAGCAGGUAAAGACGACGUCUACGUGAAGGUAUCUGCCCUCGAAGCGGGACAGCUCACUCUACCCGAAUACCUCUUCAUCACGGAUGCCGACCCUGAAAAGAAAGCCACCGUGCCCUCUCUAUCGUUUCUGAUACAGCAUCCGUCUCCAGAUGGGAAAGUGACAAAGUUCGUCUUCGAUCUGGGCCUCAAACGCGAUCUGAGCAAAUACCCGCAAGCGCAACAAGCUCAUAUUGCCAACCGUCAACCCACCAUCCUCCAUCCCGACUGCGCUGAUAGUCUACGAGCAGGAGGACUCGAUCCCGCGAAGGAUAUUGACAUAGUCAUGCUGUCCCAUGUUCAUUGGGACCAUGAGGGCACUCCCGAUGAUUUCUCCACCUCUCAAUUCGUCGUCGGGUCCGGGACACUGCACUUGCUGGAACACGGGGCGCCACCUCACUACCCGAAAGAGAUCUUCAAUCCAAACCUCCUACCAAAGGAUCGCACAUCCGAAUUACCACCAACAAUUCAGGAAAGCACCACGGCUGCGAAGUCACAGACCAAACAUACGUGGCAACCUUUCGCGGGAUUUCCCCACACAGUUGACUUCUUCGGCGACGGGAGCGUGUACAUUGUUGACGCUCCAGGCCACUUGUUUGGACACGUCAACCUCCUGGCGCGUCUCGGGCCCACGAAGUGGGUGUACUUGGGCGGUGACUGCUGUCACGACCCGCGGAUUCUCACGGGCGAAAAGGAUGUUGCAUUAUAUGAUGAUGGUCACGGCGGGUUGAGGUCUGUACAUGUGGACACGGAGCAGGCUAAGGAGACCAUUGCAAAGAUCGGGCCAUUGCUGAAGAAGCCGUGUCCCGUGUUUGCAACGGGAGGAAACGGGGAGCAGGUGGAAGUGGAAGUGAUUGUCGCGCAUGACAAGGACUGGAGAGAGGCGAAUAAGAGCAAGUUCUUCCCGGGGACUAUAUAA